AUGAUUGGAGCUGGUCCUCUCAUGACAUUAUCAAAACUUGCUAUAGCUGGUGAGCGUGGAGAUAUAAGAGGCUUAAAAUUAAGUCUACAGAAUGGUGCAGACAUUGAUUAUCAAGAUGUUAAUGGAGUGACAGCAUUAAUGAGGGCUGCCAUGUGGGGACACCUGGAGGUCUGUAGACUCCUCAUUGAUACAGGAUGUAAGAUCGACAUCACAACAUUAAACAGUGGAUACACAGCUUUACAUUGGGCUGCUAGGGAGGGAUAUCUACAGAUCACAAGAUGUCUGGUAGAACAAGGAGGUGCCAGUCCCUUGAUUAAAACACAAGAGGGUAAGACUCCAUACGACAUAGCAGCAGAAGGGAUGAACGAUCAGUAUAAAGAAGUGAUGAAAUACUUACAGACUGUCAUGUCAGAGAAAUCUUCAGGUGUAACUGCUGGACAAGGGAUAGAAGGUGAUAUGGUUCCAACUGAAAUCAAAUUAAUGGCCGACAAAAGAUCAAUUGAUAUGUACCUCAAACUACUUCAGUCAGGCUAUGAAUUAAAGAGAGAUAUACGUUUAGUAGUUGUUGGGAAAAAAGGUGCUGGAAAGACAACAUUGAUAAGGAGAUUAUUUGGUGAAGACAUAACAGAUGUUACCAGUACAAAUGGAAUAGAAAUUCAUAAAAUUAAAUGCAAAGAUGAUGGCAUAUGGAACAAACAAGAAGAAAACUAUGAAGAUACUCAAACUCAAGCAAGACUUUUAAAACAGUAUGUAGGAAAACUUCAGGACAAAAGACCAAUUCAAAAACCAAUAGAAUCCCACAGAGACUUUAAAGACAACACAUCAGUAACAUCUUUCGAUGAAUCAAAGAAAUCAGAGACUGCAUCCAAGCUAAUAAUAAAGCCUCCAGAAGCAGCUGAACCUCAAUCAGAACCUCAAGUAACUCCCCAGCAGCCCUCUGAACAAGCAACAAGGGGUUUCGAAACUAUGCUAACCGCUAAAUCUAAAGUUGAUGUAAAUGACAAAGAGGAAUAUGCCACAUUUAUGCUAUGGGAUUUUGCGGGAGAUGAAGAAUUUUACCACACUCAUCAAACCUUUCUGUCCCAAGAUGCAAUGUACCUUGUUGUUACAAAACUCAAUGAAGCUGAUGAUCAUAAUGCACAAGUCCAGAAGGCUUGUGCAGAGUAUGAGAAGCCGAGUUCUAUAGAGAGAUGA